GGGCAGCGGCUUCUGUUGCAGCUCGGCAGAUGCAACGCUGAAAGAUGUGGGGCUUGAAGACCUGUGCCUGGGGCACUAUGGGAGGACGACCGCAGAUUUUAUCCACAGAUACCUUCGGAAAACCGAGCAAACCAUGGCCGAGGCCACUGUUUGGCUUCCGGUGUUUGCUUUGCCUGGCCAGCUUUCGGUGGGCACCCUUCAACGCCUCAGCACCCUCCUACCUUCGAGUGCACCGGCAUCAGAGAAGAUGGCAGCAGCUGCCUUGGUCGCAGAGAGCCACGGCUUGGAAACGAAGAACCCGCAGGACAAAAAGCCGAAGGCUCUGGGAGCUUUGAAGGAGGAGAAGCUCGCAGCUAAGCAAGAGCUUCGAGCACUUUCCAACAUUCUUAGCCACGUCGGGCAGAACCUGGACCAGAUUUGGGGUCCCUGCCCUUUGGCACCUGUCAAUGGGGACACCGAGACAAGACUGCUGCACGCCGUCGACAACAUGAGCAUUGCCUUCGUGACCGACAGCUCCGGAAGCUGCAGGUGGGACAGCUUACUGGACGACUCCGAACAUGUUCGGCUGAUCCUCGGGGCUGACCAGGGAGGACCUUUGUACAGCUGUUACCAAUACUUGGCACAUCAUGGGGCGAGCAUCAGCCUGAUACGCGACGAGCUGCACAAACUCCACGCACACCUGGGCCGUGUGACCUCCUGCAGCCCAGUGGUGAAAAGAAUGACUAUGCUGAGUGGAUGGUUGUUCCGAGCGAAAAAAUCGCCCUGGGGUACGUGCUCCUUUGGUGCCACUUUGAGAGAAGCCGGCGAGAGAUACUUGCAGGUUGCUGAUAAGGACGACGUGCUCAUGGAGCUGUUCAGUCGGGACAUUCUCAAAGAGAACGGAUUGCCCUGCACGACAGAUGCCAGCUUCAACUUCGCAAAGGUUGUGGAGAUCCUGGGCAAAGUGCUCAAGUGUCUCGGAUUGGAACCAGAGCCCAUUGCAACACUUCACAUCCGCCGGCAGGAGUUCAAUUGCAAUCAGUAUGUAAGGUACAACNNAUCAUGUGGAGUGCCAUGGAGGCUGUGGGUGCUUUAUCUAUUUAUCGGCGAAUCAUUAUUCUGCUAUAAAUAA